AGAUGGCCCCAUACAAUAUGGCAACAUUAUGUAUGACAGAAGAGUGGUGCGAGGAAACACAUAUGCCCAGCACACCCUUCCAGUGUCCGCUCAACCAGAUCCUCUUGAGAUCCAGCGACAGCAAGAGAGCAGACGCCGAGCCAUUGCCAGAAAAAGGGCUAGAGAUCAGUUCCGCCCCAAAUCCCCAGAGCCUGUUCAAGGACGCAAGCACAUUGAUGUGCAGACGGAGCUGUACCUUGAAGAGUUGAGUGACCGGGUGGAGGAAGCAGACCAGGAGUGCCAGACCGAUGCCUUUCUGGAUCGUCCUCCGUCCCCAUUAUUCAUUCCAGCCAAAACUGGAGUGGAUGUGGCUUCACAGAUCUAUGAAGGGGAUUUGUUUGACUUUGACAUUGAGGUCAAACCAAUACUGGAGGUUCUGGUGGGCAAGACUGUCGAGCAGGCCCUGCUAGAGGUCAUGGAAGAGGAGGAGCUGGCCAACCUGCGGCAGCAACAACGGACUUACGAAGAGCUGCGAAAUGCUGAACUUGUGGAGCAACAGCGGUUGGAAGAACAGGAAAGAAGACAUCGAGAAGAAAAAGAGAGAAGGAUGAAACAGCAGCGAGAAAUUUUAAGAAAAGAGAAAGAAACAGCAGAGAAGAUUGCUGCUCGUGCCUUUGCGCAAAGCUACCUGUCAGAUCUUGUGCCAUCUGUGUUUGGAACUCUGGCCGACAACGGCUAUUUCUAUGAUCCAGUUGAAAGAGAUGUGGAGCAGGGAUUCAUUCCUUGGCUGAUGGAGCAAGUCAGCACAGAACUGAACAGGUCUGAACUGGGCCGCCUGGUGCUUGAUGGAAUAAUCCGUGAUGUGGUGGUCCGUCGAAUUAACCUUUUUAACACCAUCAACCAGGCAGAAGCUGAAUUUGAAGGGGAACCUGAGGCAAUGAAGUCGAUGGCGGAACAUUUAGAAAUGGGGGUAA